AUGGAGCAAUGCAUAGAGAGCUCCCGGGAAGAGCCGGCGAGAGAGAAAGAGGGAAACGAAAAGCGAGUCGUCUGCUCUUUCCACUCUAGCGAGAAGUGUUUGAGUUUCGCAGUGACAGAAGCGAACGUAAAAGAAGGAGAGAUAGAAGAGGAAACGGAAGAAGAGAAGGAGAUGGAAGAAGAGAAGGAGAUGGAAGAAGAGAAGGAGAUGGAAGAAAAGAAGGAGAUGGAAGAAAAGAAGGAGACGGAGAAGGAGAUGGAAGAAGAGAAGGAGAUGGAAGAAGAGAAGGAGAUGGAAGAAGAGAAGGAGAUGGAAGAAAAGAAGGAGAUGGAAGAAAAGAAGGAGAUGGAAGAAAAGAAGGAGAUGGAAGAAAAGAAUAAGACAGGUGCAAACAGAAACGCCAUGUUGCAGUUGCCACAGAAUGCUCCGUGCUCGUUCGCGGAGAGUCAAGAACCGACUCGUCGCGAAGAGACCCCUCUUUCGUCUCGUUCUGCAAUUCUCCCGUCCAGUUAUCAGCAGCCUCUAAAAGAGAGCGUUUCGCCUUUCGCUGCUUCGUUCUCGAUCUCUCUGUCCGGGGCCUCCGCGGCGUCGAGUGUUCCUCUCCUUGCGUCCUCUUCAAGAGAAGACCGGAGGAGCAUCUCUCCUCUGGCUCCUGGCACUUGUCUCCCGAACUCGCCGCGCAGUGCGCCAGUGUGUUCCGGUCUAAAAGACCCAUCUUCGCCGAUGGCGACUCACGCGCCUGUCUCCUCCGCCGAGCCCUACGACACAAGAGAGGGGACACAUCGCCCUGUGGAGGCAGAGGGAGACAAACAGGGCAACACAGCCCUCCGCAUGCCGGCCGCCCCAGGCGCUGGAAACCGGGGGCAAAAUGCACAGACAGAGGAAGCGAAACGGGAGAGGGAAAAAGCAGAUAGCAGGAAGGAGGUCGCUGGAGCGAGGAGCGAGGGAGGCGCAGAGAAACGACGGGAAGGCGUGGACGGAAGCGAUGAAAAAAACAGAGACGAAGAACAAAAGGACGAAGCGCAGAUGACACAAUGCGACCGACAGAGGGCACCAGACAGACAGCCAGCAGGGCCAGGAAAUGGAGAAGAGGAAGAAGACCGAGAGACACAGACGACAGGGAAACAAGAGAACGAGGAGAACGCUACUGGAAAAAAGAAGGAGGCAGAAGACAAAACAGAAGAGCGAAGGGAAAACGUCUUCCAGAAAAAGAGAGAAGAAAGGAAACAGGUAGAUGAAACGGACGUAAUCAGAGGGCAAGAAAAUCAUGCCGCUUCUCUUUCCUCUUCUUCUUCUUCUUCCUCUUGUUCUUCUCGUUCGUCUUCCUCUCCUUCUCCUUCAUCUCCUUCUUCUUCCUCUCCUUCUUCUUGUUCUUCCUCUUCUUCUUCUUGUUCGUCUUCAGCUGUCUCUCCGCUACCAUCUACUCCCCAACCUGCUUCCCUUUCUGCUCCGUGUCAUCCCCUCGUUUCCCCUUCUUCAUCCUUGCCUUCCUCGUCUUCAGGUCUCUCUUCUGCAUCUUUUUCUGUCCUUUCCUUUCCGGCGUCUUCUUUCUCUGGGCCUGCCAAGAGCGGAGAGGCGACUGGACCCGUCGACUUUCAGCCCCGUGAGCUUACGCCCUCGAAGCGCCCAGGGGUUGACAUUGAAAUACAGACAGAGGCUGCGUGCGCCUCAGACCUCGAGAGAUCUUUCCCUUCUUUGUCCUGCAUGAAGAAAGACGUGAGCGACGAAGACCUCCUCAAUCUCUGCACAAAGUUUAUUCAUCUUCGCUCCGAGUUGGUUCGCCUGUUUUCCCAAAGCUCGACAGGCCUCGGCCCCCUCUCCACGUCCCCGCAGAGCUCUGUCUGUCUCUCCAGAGGCGUGGGAGCGAAGGAGACACCCGGCGCCCACGACGGCGGCACCAGCCCCUUGGGCUCUGGAGCCCAAAGGGGCCGCGGGCAUCUGGACCGCCGCGCCUCAUGCGAGCUGCAGGGCCCGGCCGAGGGCCUUGGCGCUGCCGGCGAACGACAGGAGACGGCUCUGUGGACCGCCUCGCAAGGAGAGCGGAAGCGAAAGCGGGACGCGUUGGAAAGAGAGGCUCGUGGGUCAGACGCGCGACAGGCAAUUGCUUCCCGUCUCGCCCAAGAAGGGGAGUGCGAGAAGGCGGAAACCCGAGCGGCUCUACCACAAACCAGCGACGAAAAACAACUCGAGGAAGGCGGAGAGGGGGAAGACGCCGGCAGAGCCCGCAGACGAAGCCGACGAGGGAGCUUGCCGAGAGACUCGCCUCGGCCCUUUGAGAGAGGAGACCGGGACGAGGCGUGUGGGGCGAAGAUGAAAAAAGUUCCGGCGCGCCUCCCGGAAGAGGCGUUUUGUUUUCUCUCUCAAACCAGUGCGAAACAGCCACAUGUCGCCCACCUGGAGCGAGAUUGGCUAGGCCCCUUGACGCCGAAGAAAAGGCGUUUCUCCGAUGUGCACGGCGACAUGCCUUGGGAGACUUUCUCCAGGUGUCCCCCCCUCCAGGGGGCGGAGCGCGCGAAGGAAGGCGGAGCGUUUUUGGGCAGCGAAGGGGCGGGAAGGAGACACAGUGAGAGGCGCGGGAGAAGACGCGAGAGAGAAGAGAAGCGGCACGCGUCUUCGCUGCCUAGACUUCAUCUUGAAAGAAGUGAAACGAGCAACCGAAGACUGUCCUACGACCCAACUCUCCCGUCUCCAUUUGCCAAGCCGAGGCGAGCAGCCUCCCUGCUGCCUUCUCUCUCUCCACGAGACACCGAGGCUCCAAAUGCUCACGAGCGUCGCUCUUCGGUUUCUCCUCGUUUCAAAGCCCCCGAGGCCCUCGCCUCCGCGCCGGCUGCUUCCCCUCGAAGUCUCCUGCGUUCGUCGGCGCCUCGGCGCCAGGCUCCCGCAAGUUCUGAGCCUGAAAACCCACUGGGCUCCUCGGCGUCUGAUUCCCUUUCCCAGGCCCCGGAGGCCGGCAGGAAAGGCCGCGGAGGCGGUUUGCGCCGUCGUUUCCCGUCGCCCUUUCUUUCUUCUCCGUUCCUUCCUCCCCUCCUGUCUCCGACUGUGUCUCCCUCAGCCGUGUUCUCCGUCGCCUCAGCGCUCGCUCAAGACACUCGCGGAGACGAAAAACUCUCUUCUCGCGCUUCCUCGCUGCCUGCCGUCUUCGACGCCUUCGGCCACCCAGCGGGCCGAGACAAUCUACGGUCUCCGCAGAGUCCCUUCUCCGGGGCGUUGCUCGACGAGACCGCCGAGACGUUUGGAGACGCCGACUUGUUUCUGUGCUCUUCGACUCCGCCCUGCGGAACGUUCCCGUCGCCUUCUUCGGGGCCUUCUCCAGAUCGCGAAGACCUGACGCGGCGGCUCCUCUCGGGCUCUGUGGGGCGCCAGAGUGUGUGCGCUUCGCCCUCCCCGCCGUUCUCGCAACUAGCUGAGGCGUCCCCACCGCCGGACUCGGAAUCUGCGUCAGGUCUUCGCGGGCGCCACGCGAAUAGGCUGUGCGUCGGGUUGAGCGAGGAAGGCCGCGAGGAGCGGGAGGGUAGGAGACGGCGGAGAAAGGACGCUCUCGGCAAGGGCGGGGCGCGAACGACGCGAGGCGAGGUAGGAGAGCGAGACGCGAUGGAAAAAGACGAGGUUGAAGACCGACGGGGCCGAGUCUUUGCGUCGAGGAAGCGAACGGCCGAGAUUCUCGAAAGCCUUCUCUCGGAUUCUUGCCCCUUCUUCCCGGAGAGGAAAGAAAGGACGCCCGAUCCUUGGGCAAGGGGACCGGGAAACCCGGCAAAGGAGGAGCCCCGAAACGGUGCGAGAGAAGAAGACAAAGACGAAAACUGCCCGUUCGCUUCCUCGCGGCGACAGCGGAAGAACUCCCUUGUCCCUGGCGACGUGGACUUGGACGGCGAGCAGCAGCCGCUCCGUUGCUUUUCGCCGACUCGGGAGAGGAGUCAGGCCCCAGGCGAGCCGGCGAAGCGAGAUAUCGAGAGCGAGGAGAGGUUGGAAAACGCGUCAGAAAGCAGUGAAAAGGAGGCCUUCUCAGCAAGCUGUUUGCGCUUCGCUCGGCCGUUUCCUUCGUCAGCCCCGUCUCUGUCUCCUUUCGACAGGAGUGCUCCCGAGCGCAGCGCGGCGCCCCACACGACGCAACAUUCCUGCUUGGUGUCUCCAUUCCUCUCUCCUUCUCGCCCUGCCGCCUUCUCCUCGACUUCGACUUCUCCCCUGGGCGUGAACGAAGCCGGUUCAGACCUUCGGGCCCAUUUGCGGGGCGCGUCCGCCUCGCCAAGCCUCCCACAGAACUCCGAAAAAAACCACCGGCUCUGCUCACCUUCGUCCUCGUCCUCUUCUUCUCUUUCACCCCCGUCACUGGAGUCCCUGUACUCUUUUCCCCCUUUGCGCUCGGUUCGCGCUUCGCACGGCCUUUCCUCGAACGAGCCUCCUUUCGCUGGGGUGUCUCCGGUGUCUGCUGUCUCCGAGCCCGCUGGGGCACCAGGUGGAGGCCCGAGAGGCGAGACCGUGGGGCUCGAAACCGACUUGUUGGCUGCUUCCCGCUGCAGCGGAAGGCGGAAGAAACAAGACGAACAAGCGACCGCAUCGAAGCCGCGAGAGAAGGGAGAACUCCGGUUCCCUGCGGCUGGGUCUCAGAAACACCCGCAGGCGUCUCCGCUCGGCAGAGCGAAGCGCUGUGUCCUUUCCUCGUCUCAGCGAGAAGACCGUUCGGCCCUUCAUCCUGAAUUCGCAAGUGACGUCUCUUCGGGAAACGCCACGGAGAGCUCGCUUCCUCUCUCUUUGUCUGCAGUACCUUUUCCGUUCCCGCCUCACGACCGAGCGCACUACGCCUCUCUUUCUUCUGCCUUCUCUCACCACUCGCCUUCUACGGGAGGCGACCCACCAACAAGGCGAGGAACUUCCUACGUGGUAGAAGGCGUGAGCGUCCCCGAGCGGGCGCUCACCUCGGCACGCGGCGACUCGCCUCGAGACUCCUCUCCUCGCUUCUCCGAAAACACGUUCGCCUCGCCCUUUUCGAAGAGCUGUAUCCUCUCUUCCCACAACUCCUCGAGUCCCUUCAACGUGCAGGCGCCUCCGGUCGGGCGCCUCGGCGAGGGCGAAAGGCUCCUCGGCGCUUCCGGCGCGUUUUUCGGCCCCGAAGAAGACUUCAUGUCUCCGUACCUUUGUGUGGCGUCGCCCUCCGGACCUGCCGGCGGCACGCAGAAAAGAGCAGAGCGGAGCGAAGCGACGGCCCGCGCGACAGAGCGAGAUCCCUCGCACGAGGCCGGUGCCUCAGGCUCGGCCUUUAGUUCUGCGUCCGAGCCGCGCCCCAAAAGCAAGCGAGGCGAGAACCGAAGCCGAGAGGACGAGGACGUUUUAGGAUCCAUGCGAACACGACGAGGCACGGCGCUCCAGGGCACCCGACGCAGUGAGAGCAGAAGAAAAGCGCAGCCUCAGCCGGGCGAGCAGGGAGCGGGGGCCCGAAGCGAGGGCGUGAGGGGGGACGGAGACAGCGAGGGCGGCAUCGCCGGGAGCCAGCUGACGGGGCGAGAGGGCCUCUCAGCCUCGGUUUUCUUCACGAGGCGAGCUGGGGCGACGCACGAAACGGCCGGCGAGCCGUUGCACGCAACGCGCGCAUCUGUCUCCGCUCGGCGUUGUGGAGAAGAGGAGGCGAGGCUUCCGUCUCCAGGCGGGCACGCAGACGUCUCGCCUCCGGCGGGGUGUGCGCUCCAGGGAGCCCCACGAGAAACGCGAAAAACCAAAAAGGGUAAGGCGAAAACGGGAAUUUCCAGCUCCCAGCGAGGCAACGGGCGGGGCAGAGACGGCGCGAAUUCCUGUCGACUCUGUAAGACCCGCCAAACGCCACAGUGGAGAUAUCUGGACGGGCUACCCGUGUGCAACGCCUGCUACAUGCGAGCGCGAAAGCGCCAGCAAAUCGCCACGGGGCAGCGAAAGCCUGUAUCCCUUCUCUCCGGAGCCGUCCCCGCUCCUGCCGCUGUGUCGCCGCCCUUUCCUGUGUCUUCCCUCUCUUCGCUCUCGUGCGCGUCGCUCCCUUCUCUACAGCCUGCACAGCCUGCUCAUACAGCGAGCGAGGACAGCGCCGGAAAGCCGGCGUCAGACGCUGCGGACAGCCAGGAAGAGAGAAGAGACAGCGGAGACAGGUCUUCGAGUCUCGAGGCUCAGCGCCUUGGAGCCUGA